AUGGAAACCAAGCUUACUUCUGGAGCUGUGGAUAGAGUCAAGCUUUCUUUGGGGUUUGAUUCGGGUUUUGAAGUCCUUAGGAAACAUUUUGUAGGGGGACUUAUGCUUUUAUGGAAAGCUGAUGUUUUUAGUCUAAAAGUUGAUAUUAGGCUGGAUAAUGUUUCUGUUCUUGUUCUUUCUAGGAAGAGGUUUCAAUUUCAUAAUAUUAGGUUAGAAAAUGAGGAGUUUUUUCAAAUUGUUCAGCGUUCUUGGAUGAGUCCUUCAACUCUUACUGAUUCUGAUUUUUCUAGUUUUAUGGCCAAACAGGAGUCUUGUAUAUCUUCUCUUAAGUCUUGGAAUGUCUCUGCUCGUAGUUUGUUUAAGAAUAAAAUUGUUGCUCUUAAUAAAAGUAUUGCUGAUCUUCAAAAUAACCUCCCUUUAGAAGAAAGUAAUGUGGCUGAGAUUAAGGCUUUACAAUCUCAAUCGAAUGCUUUCUUGUAUAAAGAGGAAGUGUAUUGGAGACAGCAUGCUCGUGCUAGUUGGCGUAAUGCUGGUGAUAAAAACACUAAGUUUUUUCACCGCUUUGCAUCUAAACGAAAAAAGGCUAACACUAUUCGUUUUCUUAAGACUGAGGAUGGGGAGAUUGUAAACAGUUUGGAGGGCAUUAGUAAUAUUGUCUCUUCUUACUUUGCCAAUCUUUUUCAUUCUCAAGGUUGCGAUUCAGCCUCUGUUGAGCAAAUUCUUUCUGCUUUAGAUCCCCCUCUGAAUAAUUUUGAGAUUGACUAUUUAGGGGAACCUUUUCGGGCUGAAGAAGUGAAGAAAGUUGUUUUCCAGCUUUCUGGGGACAAAGCUCAUGGUUUAGAUGGUCUUAAUGCUUUAUUUUAUCAAAAGGUCUUAGCUAAUCGCUUAAAAAUUAUAUUGGGCAAGGUUGUUUCCCCAGCCCAAAGUGCUUUUGUUUCUGGAAGAGUUAUCUUUGAUAAUAUUCUUUUGGCUCAAGAGGUUGUUUAUGCUAUUAAUGCUAGGAAGCAUGGUAAAUUAGGGUGGGUUGCGCUUAAACUUGAUAUGGCGAAGGCUUUUGAUAGGGUUGAAUGUGUUACUGGUAGUGCUAAGCAUACUCGGGGUCUUAGACAGGGGGACCCCUUUUCUCCUUAUUUGUUUAUUUUGUGUGCUGAAGGUUUAUCUUCUUUGCUUAGACUUCAUCAGGACAUAAAUAGUUUAAAGGGUAUUUCUAUCUCGCGUAGGGCCCGUUCUUUAACUCAUUUAUUUUUUGCGGAUGAUAGCCUUAUUUUCUGUGCUGCUAAUAGAGAUUCUUGUGCUGCUCUAACUGAAAUCUUUGAUACGUAUACUAAAGCUUCUGGCCAAGCUAUCAAUUUUAAUAAAUCUUAUAUUCUGUUCUCUCCCAAUGUUUCUGCUCAGAUUAAAGAUCUUUACCUUACUAAUCUUAAUCUGCAGGAUAAACCUUUCAUUAGUAAGUAUUUAGGUUUGCCCCAAUGUCUCUCGAGGUCUAAGCAUCACUCUUUCUCUUUUCUCAAAGAUAGAAUUUCUUCUGUUCUUCAUUCCUGGCAUUCUAAGUGUUUUUCUAAGGCUGGUAAGGAGAUCCUUCUUAAGGUUGUUAUUCAAGCCAUUCCUGCUUAUGCAAUGGCUUGUUUUAGGUUGCCUGUUAAGCUUUGUAAGGAAAUUGAGGGUGCGAUGGCCAAAUUUUGGUGGGGGUUCUUCUGGAGAUUCUAG